AUGACGCCGGAGCGCUCCUCUCGCCAGGCGGGCAAACGCGGCGGUCGAGGUUUCCGCGGUGUGGUCGGCGGUUACGCCGCAGAGCUCGACGAGCUGCUGCGGGUGAUACGCAGCUCGACGGCGCACUUUGUGCGCUGCAUCAAGCCGAACGUGCGCAAGGCGGCGCGCUGCUUCGAGGAGCCGGUGGUGAUGCGGCAGCUUCGGUGCGGCGGCGUCCUCGAGGCGGUGCGUGUCUUUGCGAGUGGCUUCCCCGACCGGAUGCCCAUACGAGACUUUGUCGGCACCUACUGCUCGGUGGUUGCGCCUUCGAAGCUGCCGCCGCACCCGCCGGGAGGGCCGCCGUCGCAGGGAGACGCGCCGACCGCGUGGGAGCGCGGGGCGUGCGCCGCCAUCCUGCGCGCGUUUGACGUGGCGGACGAGGCCACGGCGCUCGGGCACACGAAGGUCUUCCUGGGCGCGGGCGUCGCGGCGCACUGCAAGGCCAAGCGCGAGGCGCGGCUGGCCGGGCUGAUCGCCGUCGUCCAGGCCGCCGCUCGCGGACUGCUCGCGCGCCGCAGCUUGCGGCGCCGGGCCGCGCUGCGCGAGAAGGAGGAGGAGCGCGAGCGGCAGAUUGCGGCGCUCCAGGCGCAGCAGGAGGCAGAGCGCGCGGCCACCCGCGGGGCCGUCGGCUUGCGACGGAAGGCGUCGUUUGAGCGCGAGGCGAGCGUGAAGCGGCGGCAGCAGCAGGAGAGGGCCGCUGCCGCCAAGCGCACCGAAGAAGCGACCGCCUCCUGGGCGGCCCGCGAGGCGGAGCUGACCAAGCUCCACACGGAGCUCACGCGCCAGGCGGGACGCAAGCAGGCGGCACUGGCGGCUGAGCUCGCGCAGCUGACGGCCGCGCUGAGAAAGGCGGAGGAGCGGAACGCGGCGCUGGAGCGGGCGCAAGCCGAGGAGCGAGCCGCUGCCGCCGCGCGCGAGGUCGAGCUGCAGACAGCGGUGAGCCACUGGCGUGACGAGGCAGCGCUCGCCGCGCAGAGGGAGCAGCAGGCGAGCGAGAUGGGCGAGGCGCGGCUCGCACAGGCGGUCGAGCGGGAGGGCGAGGCGCGCGACGAGGCGUCCUUCUUCCGGGCGCGCUUCCAAGAGCUCGCGCUCUCCUUUGCUCGAGCCCAGGACCCCGCGCCGCCGCGCAGCCGUCCUCCGAACGCCGACGGCGGCGGCUUCUUUGGCGCCGUGGCGAGCCUGAUCGGCGGCGGGGCGAAGCCGCGGCCGUCUCGAGGGCGGGGGCGGACCUCGCUGUCGGCGUCCCGGCCCGCUGGCGACGCGCCGUCGUCUCCAGCCGAAAAGGCGCGUGCGCCGCCGCAGGCGCCCCUCUUCUCGCCCCGCACAAUGUCCAUCGCCGAGGAGCCGUACUCGCCGCCGCAGCCGCCCGCCCCGCGCGACGCGCCAACGCCCGCCGACGCGACUGCGCUGGCGAGCUACCUCGGCUUGCACCCCGUCCGCGACGCCAAGCUCAUGUGGAUCGCCGAGGCCGCCGCGGCCGAGCCGCUGCCGGAGGGCUGGAGCGAGGUGGUCGACCCCGGCGGGAGGCUCUACUACUCGAACGGCGUCACGGGCGAGUCGUCGCGAGUGCACCCGCGCGACGAAGAGUUCCGCCUGCUCGUGAUGCGCUCCAAGCUCGAGCAGAUGCAUUCGGCGCCCGCAGCGCAGCCGUCGGCGGGCGACUGGUCGACGAUCCGGAUGAAGUCGCUCGAGCAGUCGCUCAGCUCGGCCGCUUCGGCGCCGGUUCGCGCGCUCGUGCAGCGGAGUGGCGACCGACGAGGCGGCGCGCCGCGGCUCACCUUCGAGAUGCUGCUCGACGAGGACACGCGGCUGCCGUGGAUGGAGGCGGUGCUGCGUGAGGGCCCGCGCGGGGCCGCGUUCGAGCUCCUGCUCGAGGGCGGCGCGGCCGAGAAGAGCGAGCACCUCGUGCGGCUGAGCGGGCCGAGCAGCAGCGUGCUCGUGCGGAGGGAGCGGCGCGACGCGCCGCUGCCGGAGGACGGGCCCGUGGGGGAGGAGGAGGAGCUCGCGGCCGUCAUCUUCGUCGAGGUUUUGGGCGAGGCGGACGAGUCCGGCGCGCGAGGCGGAGAGGAGGCGCCGUACUCGAUGGAGCUGGUGGUGCCGGCGGCGAAGCGUGGCGGCGCGACUCAGGCGCACAAGCCGCGUGGCCCCUCCGACACGCUGCUGCAGCGGUACGGGCGGGGCGAGACGGAGGGGCUCCUCGUCUUUGUCGGCCAGGUCGCGAGGAGUGCGGCUGCGGAGGCGCCGAGCGCAGCGGUCCGGCUCUCGCUGCCCAAGACGGACUCCGGGAACUUGCUGCUGCAGACAUCGGGCCGCCGCGGGGCCAACCGAGCGACCCUGGAGUACCGCGACCCAUUGAGCCCGCUGGCGGCCUUCUCGGCGGCGCUCGCGCUCGUGCACUGGAGUGAACGCGCGCAGUCGGCGCUAGCGAGAGCUGCCAUCGGGAAAGGGCGUCUGAGUGUUGGGUGA